UCGAGUCACGAUCAUUUGAAGUCCUGAAUCCGCCUCUGCAUAAAUGGGAAUUGGGUUAUGGGAAAACAUGUCAAGAAUGGCAGCUGCAGUGUCACUGUUUCUCUUAGUGUUUUGUUUUCAGGGAAUUUAUGGGAUUAGAUUUGUGAUAGAGAGAGAAGAAUGUUUGUCUCACAAUGUUCAUUUGGAAGGUGACACUAUUCAUGUUUCCUUUGUUGUUAUCAAAUCUGACACUCCCUGGCAUUCUGCUAAUGAGGGUGCUGUUGACCUUCUGAUAAAAGGGCCUUCUGGAGAGCAGAUUCACAACUUCCCCGACAAGACUAGUGAAAAGUAUGAGUUUGUCGCUCACAGAAAAGGCGUUUACCAGUUUUGCUUCACAAAUAAAUCGCCUUAUCAUGAAACCUUGUAUUUCGACGUGCAUGUUGUCCAUUAUACAUACUUUGAUCAGCAUGCAAAAGAUGAGCACUUUGAUCCAUUGCUGGAACAGAUAUCAAAGUUAGAAGCAGCUCUUUACAACAUACAGUUUGAACAGCACUGGCUUGAAGCACAGACUGACCGCCAGGCAUUAGUGAAUGAAGGUAUGAGCCAAAGAGCAAUCACCAAAGCCAUUCUUGAAUCAGUUACCCUUGUUGGUGUCAGCUUUCUUCAAGUCUUCCUCCUCCAACGCCUUUUUGAACGGAAGGUUCGGACUAUAAGAGUUUAAACUUGCAUUACUGGAUCUAGAAUUCAGACAUGGGCGGAACUUCACUCUAUUUUAGGAAAGCGUCCCAUGUACAUUCUCUUUUCAGUAGGAAAAGAAUCAAGUCCAACGUAAUUCACAGUUAGUCGGUUAAAUAGACCGCAUGUAAGAACUUUCCAGCACAUAAGCAGCAGGUAACUUGGAUUCUUCAUCAGCUUGUGUGGUGAAACAGGGAUAUUUUACUGACUGCUAACACUGGAGAGUUCUUGGUUGCAAGAUUCACUAGUCCUUCAUUUUUUGCUGUUCUAUUGAUAGAUAAUUCUUGUGGCAUAGUACCAUUGACUUUGAUAGGUUGUAUUUGAUUUUUGUUCAGCUAUAGAGAUUUUUGGAUUUUAGUCAGGUCAUGUCCAAUAUUUAA